UGAUAUUUAAUUCUGCCUAGCUUUAUCUUCACACGCCUCGCCUUUCGAUCAGUGAAGUUCUCAGGCAAUGGCCCAGCCGACUGGAAUGCCAGUUGUAAAACAAGAGCCAGUGGAAGAAACUGAUAUCGAAAAAGUUAUUCUAGACCUUUGCCAGAAGAAUCCAGAUGGUAUUGAUAACAAGAUUAUUGAACAAGGUUUAUCACAUUGCGAUGUUCAGCAGAGGGUAGCAGCAAUCAACAAGCUUCUUACUACAGGAUGCAUUGAUCUUUUACAGAUAGGCCAGAGACUCCUGUAUAGGCUGAAAGACACUGCUGGAGAUAAUCAGUUGAAAGGUACUGACACACAAGAUAAACUUGUUUAUCAAAUCAUUAAAGAGGCAGACAAUAAAGGAAUAUGGAUUAGAGACAUUCGUUCAAAAAGUAACCUACCUCUGACACAGCUCAAUAAAGUUUUGAAAAACCUUGAAAAUAAGGAGCUAAUAAAAGCUGUGAAAUCUGUGGCUGUGAGUGCUGGAUCUUCUCAAGCACCUAAGAAGAAAGUGUAUAUGCUGUUUAACCUUGAGCCUGACAGUUCAGUAACUGGGGGAGCUUGGUACAGUGACCAAGACUUUGAAUCAGAACUUGUUGACCUCUUGAAUCAACAGUGCUACAAGUUUCUGGAACAAAAGGCAGCAUCAGCCAGAGAACAGCACAUGGAUCCUAUCUCACAGCAACGCAGCAACAGCCACAGCAGAGGAAGUACUCGGCUACAUUACACAGCUACGGGUUGUCACAGUUCAGCUCAAAGUGGAGGAUAUAGUGACCAUUCUCAACACUCUCAUUUUUGAUGGCAAAAUCACACAAAGCACCCGUGUUGGAGCAAGUGGAUCUAGGGUGAUUCCCAUGUUAAAGUGUACAGACUUUCUAAACCGUUGAUAGAGACUACAGGUCUAAUGAGAAUGCCCUGUGGAACAUGUCCGGUCUCGAGUCAUUGUCAUGAAGGUGGUGCUAUUUCACCGGGAACAUGCGUCUAUAUGAGAGACUGGCUGGAGUUAUGAUAAAAGGAAUCUCUGUAUAUAUAUGUGUGUGUGUGCGCGUAAUUUAAGUCACGUGAUAAUAAA